AUGGGCGAUGCGUCUGCAGAAGAGCAGAAGGCGGCCCAGGCAGCCCCUCCGGCCGGCCCCUCCGCCACCGCUGCCGACGCCUCUCCGCCGACGCCGUUUGACGCCCUCCGCCUGCUCAGCCGCCAAGGGGCGCUGCGCACGGAGGGUUGCCUGCGCCAGCUUCUGUCCAAGUACCAUGGCGUUGAGGGCCUCGUGGCCAUGAAUGGGGGGCUGCCGCCCCAGGCCUCCUUCCCGCUCACAUCCCUCCAGUUUGGGGUGGCGGGCGUGGCUGAGGGCGAAACCGAGGCCGUGGAGCUCAGCCCGGAGCAGCUGGCGGGCAGCCAGCAGUACAACAUCGCCCCGGCCGGCUUCCCGCCGCUGCAGCGCUGGGCGGCGGCGCACGUGGCGGCGCUGCACGCGCCGCCGGGGCCGCACCGCGUGCUGCUGACGGCUGGGGCCAGCCAGGGGCUGGAGCUGGUGUGCUCCCUGUUCCUGGAUGACGGCGACUGCUUGCUGGUGGAGGAGUUCACGUACCCGCAGGCAAGGACCCGCAGCGCCGGCCAGCAGGCGGCCAGCAGGCACAGAGGCAGGCGGCAGCCGGGCUGCAUGCUGGAGUGCAACCUGGCGCCCCGCAGCUGCCGCGUGCUGCCCGUGCCCAUGGAUCACGACGGCAUGCUGCCAUUCCAGCUGGAGCAGGCAAGUCUCAGCCUCCUGAGCGCUGCCGCUAAUGUGCUGGAGCAGGCGGCGGCUGCGGGCGGUCCGCAGCCCAAGCUGCUCUACACAGUGCCCACGGGCCAGAACCCCACGGGCGCCUGCACGCCGCUGGAGCGCAAGCGAGCGAUCUACGACAUCUGCAGCCGCCACGGCCUGCUGAUCCUGGAGGAUGAUGCCUACCAGUACCUGCAGUUCCCCGCCGGCCCGCUGCGCCCGCCCGGCCUGGCGGGCCUGCCUGCCCGCAGCAGCUACCUGUCUCUGGACACGCAGGGGCGGGUGAUCAGGCUGGACACCUGCGCCAAGUUUCUGGCGCCUGGGCUGAGGCUGGGCUGGGCGGUGGCGGCGCCCGCCGUGGUCGGCAAGAUGACUGACCUGCUGAAUGCGCAGACGCUGGGGCCCUCUGGGCUCAGCCAGGGCAUUGCCUACCGCCUGCUGGAGACAUGGGGCGGGGAGGGGCUGGAGCGGCACCUGUGGCGCCUGCAGGCGGGCUACGCCGCCUCGGCGGCGGCGCUGCACGCGGCGGCGCGGCGGCACCUGGAGGGGCUGGCUGAGUGGCGGGAGCCGCGGGCCGGCAUGUUCAUGUGGUUGCGGUUGCUGGGUGUGGAGGAUGCCAGCGACAUCCAGGAGGAGCUGCGGGAGGCAAGGGUGGUGGUGGUGCCGGGCAGGGCGUGCCACCCGCGUGCCAGCGACCCGUCUUUCAGGUGCCCCUUUGUCCGCGUGUCCUUCUCGCACCUGCCGCCAGAGGAGCUGGAGGAGGGGAUGCGGCGGCUAGGCGCCGUGCUGCACAGCCUGCAGCAGCAGCGGCAGUAG